CACACGGACUGUAAUUGUCGACGCUUACAUUAAUCCGGCGUGUUGCAUUCAGGUGGCUAAAUGGCGGAGUCUCAGCAGGAAACAGCCCAUAAAAGACAGAGAAUGUCGAAAGUGUGGGAUCAUUUCAAACUGAAAAAGGAAGACCGAAAAGUGCAAUGCGUGUACUGCAACGCAGAACUGGCGUUUCACAACAGCACAUCUGUGAUGAUACAACAUCUGAUCCGAAAGCAUCCUGUUAAAGUCAGCUCAACAAGCCUCGCCGAUACAAGCACAUCACAGCGGCCAAUGGAUUGCUUUCUUCGCUCAGCUCAGUCAUGCACCGCUGAAGAAUCUGCCUUGCUAACCGAGAGCAUUUUGAAAAUGCUGGUCACUGACAUGCGCCCACUGUCCAUGGUGGAAGACGAGGGAUUUAAAAAGAUGAUUUUAGCUUUCAACCCGAAGUACAGCAUGCCAGCAAGACCUCAUUUCAAAAGUCUGAUGGAGAAAAAGCACCAACAAGUAACAGAGAAACUGAAAACGGUCCUUCAGGACACUGAAAGUGUUGCAUUGACAACAGACAUCUGGACGAGUAUGGGCACAGAGAGCUAUCUCAGGGUCGCAUGUCACUUCCUGGGAGAAGAUUGGGAGAUGAAGUCCUUCUCUCUCACAACAGUGCCUCUCAAAGAGAGUCACACAGCUGCCAAUAUUGCGGACUGUCUGGAGGAGACCACUGACAAAUUUCAUAUUCCCUUCCCAAAGGUGAAGGCAGUUGUCCAUGACAAUGGGGCUACUGUAGUGGCAGCAGCAAACAUUUUAAAGGAGAGACAUGGCUGGGUUUCUGUGAGGUGCUCUGGGCACAUUCUGAACUACAUUGUACAGAGCACGCUGAAAAACAGUAAAACCAUAACUAAUUGCGUGGCUUCUGCGAGAAGCUUGGUCGAACACUUCAAGAAGAGUGAACUGGCAUGUGCCAAGCUUCAAGAAAUGCAGAAACAAAUGGGAAUGCCGCCUCUAAUGUUGAUUCGGGACGUAAGUACGAGGUGGAACGGCACCUACCACAUGCUAUCCAGGCUCCUUGGACAAAGAUGGCCCAUGACUGCAGCUCUGUCUGAUCCUACGGUCAAUGCAAGUGGCAAACACCAUCACCUGGAUCUAAAGCCAGAACAGUGGAACCUCAGUGAGGAGCUGACUCGGGUCCUUGGGCCGUUUGUAAGCGUGACUGAGUUUCUGCAUGGCGAACAGUAUGUUACUCUCUCUUCUCUUCCACAGCUGGUUCACAACCUCAAGAAAGCAGCACUGAGCUCAGCAUUUGAAAGCGCAUCAGUGAAGGAAUUCCAGGCUCAAGUGGCAGAGCAGAUUACGGAGCGAUGGCAAGAACUGUUUUUCUUUCAGCCCGAAGCUCCGAACACUGUCCUCCUGGCUGCUGCCUUGGACCCAAGGUUUCGAAAACUGAAGUUCUUGCCCGCCGAAGAUGUGUUCAAGGUUCAAAGUACAAUUCAAUCCAUGGCGCUAGCUUUCAAAAAGGAAGAAAGACAGUCACAUAUAAGUGAAGAUGAAGCCACUGCCACAUCAGAAAGCCGUUUUGCUGCAAAGGAUGGGUCAUUUGCCAACACUAUUCUGGGCUCAUCAUCAGAUUCGGAUGCCAGUGAUGAGGAGCAUGAGGCUCAGCAGCUAAGUCAAGCGGUGCAGAAGGAAGUCUUGCAGUAUUUUGGAGAGCUUCCUCUCUCCAAGAAGGACAAUCCACUGCUUUGGUGGAGAACGAACGAAACACGAUAUCCAACCUUGGCGAAGCUGGCCAAGCCUUUUUUGGGUAUCCCAGCAACACUGACGCCAUCAGAGCGUUUGUUUUUUGCUACUGGGAACAUCGUCUCAAGACGGAGGGCAAGUCUUAGUUCUGAGCAUGUUGAUCUGUUGACUUUUCUUCAUUGUAAUCAUCGACUUUUGUAAAUGCGUCAAAACUCACAACUCCAUCGCUCCCCCUCUCUCUCACACACACACUCGCCGCCCUACCGUCGUUGCCUAGGUACCUUUGGAAGUUUGUGGAUUCAGCUACUACCCACAACAAAUAGACUGGAAUUAAUUUUUAUGUGCCCUGCGAUUGGCUGGCAACCGAUUAAGGGUGUCCCCCGCCUACUGCCCGAAGACGGCUGGGAUAGGCUCCAGCACCCCCGCGACCCUAGUGAGGAUCAAGCGGCUCGGAAGAUGAAUGAAUGAAUGAAUACCCAGAACUGACUCCUGGGGAACACCACAACCAACACCAAGUUUAUUAGAUAGAUCACCUAUGUUUACAUAUUGUAUUUGUUCUGUGAAAUAACUAUUUAACCAGUUCCGAACUAUCCCUCUGAUCCUAUAUCUCUCCAAUUUAUUGAGUAAAAGUGAGUGAUUUAUGGUAUCAAUUGCCUUUUUUUAAAUGAAAUAUUCCAACUUCAUAUUUCUUUUGUCCAAUGAGUUUGUUACUUCUUCACCUCUUUGAACCAGUGCCAAUAAUGUGGUUCUUUUAGUUCGGAAACUAUACUGGGCUUCAUUUAACGUACAAUGCUUUACUCGAAUUUCUCAACAUGAGAAUUGAAGAGCUCUUCAAGACUUUUUUUUGAACUGGAAGCAAUAAAAGUGGCCUAUAAUUUGUAAAA